UAGAGUACUUGAGUGUGGCGGUCGUAUGACUACGUCGAGUGAUGAAAUGAACUAAUUUCCGUAUACACGACCAAAAUUGACUAAAAUACCGAGUUUAUUGUUUGACAAAUCGUGAAAGACUAUUGUUUACAUCGCGUCCUGUGAACUUUAUUGUGAUUUUUAUUGAUAACAUCGAAACUGAGCUCGUAUUGCAUGCCCCGGAAAACGCGCAAAUCGCGGAAAAUUAUAUCCUAAAGAAAAACAUACAUGAGAAGGAGGGACGUCUCUAAAUCGAUCCCUCACCACUCAACAUUCCUCCAUGACGCUGUGAUCCACCAAGAUGUUCAAGCUAUUAGGGAACCUUAGUGUAUACUUCAAGUACCAGGACAUCAGAACCGACAAUGCCUUAUUCCGCCUCCACAACAUUUUCACAACGGUUCUGCUCCUCGCGUGUUCGCUCAUAAUCACGGCCAGCCAGUUUGUCGGACAGCCCAUACAAUGUAUAGUCAGCGGCAUACCUGCACAUGUGGUCAACACCUUCUGCUGGAUCACGUCCACGUUUGCGAUGCCUGACGCCUUCGCUAGAGAGGUCGGCAAAGAAGUGGCACAUCCAGGCGUAAGGAACCCGUACGAUGGCACGUACGAGAAGAAAUACUACACGUACUACCAGUGGGUCUGCUUCGUACUCUUCUUCCAGGCCAUAAUGUGUUACACGCCUAAGUUCCUGUGGGACUUCUUCGAAGGCGGGCUGAUGAGGACCAUCGUGAUGGGGCUGAACGUCAGCGUCUGCAAGAACAAGGAGAAGGAGAAGAAGAAGGAACUGCUCAUCGGCUACCUUCUGCGGUAUCAGAGGGAGCACAAGAUGUACGCCCUCCGCUACUUCGGCUGCGAGUUGCUCUGCCUCAUCAACAUCCUGGUGCAGAUGUGGCUGAUGGACAGCUUCCUCGGCGGGGAGUUCUUCACCUACGGCACCAGGGUCCUGGGUUACAGCGAUGUGCCUCAGGAGUUGAGAUUCGACCCAAUGAUCUACAUCUUCCCUCGGGUCACAAAGUGCACGUUCCACAAAUACGGUGCCUCAGGCAGUUUGCAGACACACGACAGUCUAUGUGUGUUGCCACUGAACAUAGUGAACGAGAAGACAUAUGUGUUCCUGUGGUUCUGGUACAUCAUACUGGCUGUACUACUCUCCAUGCUGAUAGUAUACAGAUUAAUAAUCAUCUUCGUGCCAUCGAUCCGACCGCGCCUCUUACACGCCCGUUCGCGCUCCAUAGCGAUGGAAACCGCCGCCGCCGUCAGCAGGAGAUCCGACGUUGGUGACUGGUGGCUACUAUACAUGCUGGCUCGGAACAUGGACCCCAUUAUAUACAGGGAAUUCAUAGCGGAGUACUCAAAACAGCUGAGUGAGAAGCCCUCGCGUGCGUGACAACCAGCCAGACCCUCGGUCUCUUUCGUCGGCGUGUGACGCGCCCGUGUCCACUCCGGGGUACACCCUGUAUAACCUCGAGGUACACCCUGUAUUAACUUGAGGUACACCCUAUAUAAACUUCAGGUACACCCUGUAUCAACUUGAGGUACACCUUGUGUAACCUCGAGGUACAGCCUGUAUAAACUUGAGGUACAUCCUAACGAGGUACACCCUGUAUAAACUGUACCUGUUGUGUAAACAAGGUGUAUCAGAUACACCCUGUAAAGUAUCUGUUAAUUUUAAUAUACCUUUAGUAUUGCAAGGUACGAUAUAUAUAUGUAAAACUUAUCCAAAGUCCAAGGUACAUUUUUGAUUUUUUCUACUCCCGUACUGUUAUUCGUGAGUUACAAGGUCGUGCAUAGA